AUGGUCUUGCUUCCAAAGAAGCCAGUGCUGGAGGAUAUUGCUUUUCCAGUUGGAUUUGCUUGGGCUGCAGCUACAGCAGCAUAUCAAAUUGAAGAAGGCUGGAAUGCAGAUGGAAAGGGCCCUAAUGUCUGGGACAUAUUCACCCAUCAGGGAGGAGAUCGAGUUUUCAAGAACCAGACUGGUGAUGUAGCUUGUGGCAGCUACACUCUGUGGGAGGAAGAUUUGAAAUGUAUCAAACAGCUUGGAUUGACUCAUUAUUGCUUUUCUCUUUCCUGGUCACGUCUGUUACCUGAUGGGACGACAGGUUUCAUCAACCAGAAACGCAAUUGUUUCUUAAAAAUAGAAGGUUGCAGCUUUAAUUCAAGGUUAUUGCUGCAGUCUGGCAUAAUUAAUCCAGUAUGCUAUUCUGCAGUGUAG